AUGGAAGGCAAGGGUUUGAUCAACAUCGUCGCGCGUGCGCUUCAGUUCCUGUGGACCCUGCUCGUCAUGGCCAUCACCGGUAACAUGAUCCACAGCUCAUGGUCCGGCACCAACAGCGCCCCCAGCAUCAUCAACUACACCAUGUUCUGCGCCGUCUGGGCCAUGCUCACCCUCUUCUACCUCAUCCCGGCCACCGUCAAGGACUCUUUCCAGAUCCACGCCGCUCUGCCUUUCGCCCUCGACGUCUUGAACACCGUCUUCUGGUUCUGCGCCGCCGUUGCCUUUGCCGCCAAGCUCGGCGCCCACAGCUGCUCCGAUGUCGGAUACGUUAUGUCCAACGAAGUCACCUCCAGCGCCCCCAACAUGGAGAAACAGUGCCGUGAGGGCCAGGCCGUCACCGCCUUCCUCUGGUUCGGUUUCGCCGCCUUUGCCGUCUCUACCGCCCUCACUGGCCUCGGUGGCCUCGGUGGUGGCUCCUCCCGCCGCGUCGCCCGUGGCCCCCAGAUGAGCAAGGUUUAA